UAUUUGUGUACUAUGCAACAAUAGCACCUAGAUGACUGCAUCUACAUCUCAGCCGUUGGCACUGAGACGGGAAGGGAGGGAUUACACCCUGCGCACAAACACCGCGUCCACGCACCAGUCAUGCCGUAAAGGGCCACAUUUACUGACUGGUAAUCCUUGUCGCAGGUAUGACAUUCUUCAACGCACCGACAUUCCACAGUAAAACCAGAGAAAUCCGAGGUGCCAGGAAUCUGUUUUUUCGUGCCGGUGUUUGACGUGCUCAACUGAAACAGUCUCUCAGAGUCUAUCAAGUGUUUUAGGCGAGUGCCUAGGCAAAUAUUUAGUUCACAGAAGGAUUAAGAAUGUAAAAAUCUCCAUCAUCCCUUCGACUAAUUCAGGAAUCCAAAUGGCAGAUGUGAGAGUAUUUACUUUGUUCCUGCUUGUGUUUGGCUUCCAAGCAUCACUCCUCAUCUUACCAUUUCAAGCUGAACAAUCCUGUCUGAUAUCUGCUGACCAGCGCACAGCAGACUGCCGAGGCCAGCGACUGGAGCAAGUGCCUGUGGAGGAACUGCCUUCUUCCCUAGAGAAGCUAGAUCUUUCCUAUAACAUUCUACAGGUUAUCAGAAAUGAUGAUUUCAUUGAACUACCUCUCCUCACCGUCCUCUGGCUUAAGUUUAACAAUAUAUCUUUGAUUGAAGAUGAGGCCUUUCACAAAAAUCUACUACUGGAAGAAGUGAAUAUGUACAAUAACUCAUUGACUACCAUUCCAUCAAAAGCUCUUGCACCACUCAGCAGGCUUAAAAUUUUAGAGAUGGCAAAUAAUCUCUACACUGAGGCAACUCUGGAUGAUGUGUUUUUGAAUUUCAAGAGUCUAAAACUAUUGUCCUUGGGUGGUCCUGUUCUCAGCACUUUGAAAAAGGGGGAUCUUGAUGUGUUAGCCAACAUACAUCUGGAGAGGAUUGCUAUUAGAACUGGUUCUAGCCUGGAUGUUUAUGAUCCAGGGUAUCUCAAGAACAUCCAAACUGCAAAUUUGUGGCUGGAUAUAGCCAUAGAUAACAGAACAUAUGCACUUCCUCUGAUACUAAAAGACAUUGAAAACAAAACAUUUGAAGCCAUUCGUUUCCGUAAUCUCUUUGCAUUUAUGUACUAUACCGACACAGAGGAUAUUUUCUAUGGCUUACAAAAUAUAAACUCCCAGUUGCUGACCUUUCACCAUGGGAAAUUCAAUGAGGACCUCCUAAGAAUGGCCCUUAUGAAUUUAGCAAAAAGUGAGAUUAAAGCUCUAGGACUGUUCUUCGUUGAUUUUACCCUGUCACAAACAUUUGUGAAUAGUGAGGAGGAAUCCAGUCUGACAAACCUAGCACUGGACAUGUUGGUUUUGUCGGAUAUCAGCAACCCAGACAUCCUACGCUUUGACUGGAGUUUUACAUGGUUAAACAAGAUCCGUCACCUACGUAUCAACAAUGUGAAUUUUAAUAUUGUGCCCUGUGAUGCAUGGGAGGAGAUGAGAGGGGUUGAAAUACUUGAUGUAUCCAAAAACAAUCUUAAGGACAAUUUUCUCUUUACCCAGCAAUGUGACUACACAGAUAUAAUGUCAGCGCUUCACACCUUUAAUCUCAGCAAUAACAAACUGACCAGCCUCAGCUCUUUUGCAUCUCUUGCUGGGGAGUUCAGUAACCUACAGGUAAUUGACAUCAGUCACAACCAGUUGGGUUUUAAAGGGAACAGCCCCUGCUCUUGGAAACAGAACAUCACCACAGUCAUCGCUAACCAUAACAGUAUGGUAAUUGACAGCUUCAGAUGUCUCCCAACUACUGUAUUGUACCUCGAUCUUUCCUACUGUAAUUUAGACCAAUUAGAUGUGAACUACUUCAGGAAAGCCAUCAAUCUUAAGGAGGUCUACCUCAGUGGUAACAAAAUUAAAUUCAUUCCCUCUGACUGGAAGAGCCCUAGUUUAAAGUCACUGGCUUUGGACGGAAACUCUUUUGGGAUUAUUAGCAUGAGGUCUUUCAAGGGAAUGCCUAACCUGGAGCAACUCAGGGCAGGUAAUAACCCUUACUAUUGUACUUGUGAGCUCCACAAUUUUAUACAGGAAACUGCAAUCAAGGGCAAUGUUAACAUCACAGACUGGCCAGAAAACUACAGGUGUUACCACCCAGAAGACCUACUCAAUACAAUGGUAUCUCAUUAUCUCCCUGGUCAGAUAGUGUGUGAUAUCAGGCUGGUCAUUGCUACCUCCGUAGUCACCACGGCAGGUGCCGUGCUAGCACUCAUGCUAAUAUGCUAUUUCUUUAAUAUACCAUGGUAUGCUAAAGCUACAUACCAAAUCCUUAGGGCCAAGUAUAGGUCUCAUAAAGAAGGACUAAAGCUUUCCAUGGACUAUACGUUUCAUGCCUUCAUUUCCUACAGCCACUCAGAUGCAGACUGGGUAAGGGAUGAGCUGUUACCAUGUCUGGAGAACUGUAAGCCCCCUUACCGUCUUUGUAUCCAUGAAAGAGACUUUAUGCCAGGAAAAUGGAUCAUUGACAACAUAAUUGAGAACAUUGAAAACAGUUGGAAGGUUAUCUUUGUCCUGUCACGGCACUUUGUGAACAGCGAGUGGUGCAACUAUGAGCUCUACUUUGCCCAGCAGCGAGCCAUGGGUAUGGGCAAGACCAGUGAUGUCAUCCUAGUGGUGAAGGAACCCAUCGAUCCAAACUCCCUGCCCAGCAAGUACUGUAAACUCAAAAAGAUGCUGAGCAACAAAACCUAUUUAGAGUGGCCUGAACAGCCCAAACAUCAAGCCUUCUUCUGGGAGCAGCUGAGGAGUGUCAUGGGAAAACCUAAGCUCACACGGCAGUUUUCAUCCUCCAUGCGCAGGUGUUCCACAAGAAUGAACACAGUGUCUGUGAUUGAGCUAGUCCACGAGAAUCAAAAGUCUGCAGAUUCUGGUCCAAAGAUAGAUGAGGCAUCAGAGAUUAAACUUCAGAUUGAAGGAAAAGCUUGAGGUCUUCCACAGAAAAGCUCAGAGGAUCACUCAGGAUAUCACUGAUGUAGAUAGCUUAAUAUUAAUGAACAGUGAAUAAGUUGUGCUGAUGCAUAUCACAAUGAAGUGCAUCUUGCGAAAGCUAUUAGUGCUUUUCCACUGGAUGGUGCUGCACUGCUCAGUGCAAAAACUAACCAUGAUCCCGCAUGUUGUCAUUUUUCCACUGCCAAGCAAGCUGUUCCACAAUCUAAUUACCCGUGCUGAAUUUGUUUACUGUUCUUGCCCACAUACCAUGCAACCAAGCUGGUAUAUUUACAGACAGAUGACAAUUUAAAGGAAAAAAACAACAUGAAGUGUCUUAGUAAGAUGUCGGGCUACCACAAGCUUCAGUGCUCCUUGGCAUAUAUUCUACAAGUCUCUGGAACUAUGCUGAAAGGAUAAACAGCAUUUAUGCAAACGAUAUUCCCUCAAUUUGUGUUUUGAUCAUGGUGGUUGAGAGCACUGUCUAACACAUCGGUUCAAAAUUUCCCAUAGGUGUUAACGUGGGUUGAGAUCAGAUGACUGUGAAGGCCACUCACAUCAGGAUAAAGAUGUUUCUCAUAGGAUAAAUGUGAUCAGUCAGAGCAGCUUUGAAUUGAUUUGCGAUGGUCAUUCCCUUUAAGAAGACAGUGGACCAAAACAUACCAGCAAUAUUCCCUCCAUAGCAUUAAAGAGCAGCCCAUUUUUCCUUUAAUUUUUCAACCAUCCUUUAAAUAAUGUUGAUCAUUGAUUGGUCAAACACAAACUUCACUGACUUCACUGAUUAAUGUCUCUAGCUAAAGUCUCUUUUCUACUAGCAGAGAAAUGUCCAGUAGGGACUGACUGCCAACAUUUCUUCCUCUUUUAAAAGGCAUUUCUUUAAAUAUGCAACACGGUUUUAUCUAACAGUAUAAUGUCUUUUUUAUUCAUUAAUUAGAGUAAUAUUUUUUUCUUAUGUUAUAUUGUACAUUUCUUAAUUGAGACCCAAGUAAAUUCUGAUUCACUUUGUUUGCUCCCUACAUAGAAUAUAGCACAACAAUACACCCUACCUUGUGCCCUACAUGCAUGGUAUAGAACAUCAUUUGAGAUUCAGCUACAAAAAAUACAUUCACUCACCAAGCACUUUAAUAGGAACACUAUACUCAUACUGGGUAGGACCUCCCAUUGCUCUCAAAACAACCUCAAUUCUUCAUGGCAUGGAUUCCACAAGAUAUUGGAAAUAUUCCUUUGAGAUUCUGGGCCAUGUUGUCAUGAUUGCAUCACACAAUUCCUGCAGAUUUUUCAGAAGCACUUUCAUGCUGUGAAUCUCCCGUUCUACCACAUCCCAAAGGAGUUUUAUUGGAUUCAGAUCCGGUGACUAGGAAGGCCACUGAAGAACAAUGAACUCAUUGUCAUGUUCAUGAAACCAGUUUGAAACGAGUUUUGCUUUGAGACAUGGUGCAUUAUCAUGCUGGAAGUAGCCAAUGGAAGAUGGUAAAUUGUGGCCAUGAAGGGAUUCACAUGGUCAGCAACAAUAUUCAAAUAGGCAGUGAUGAUUGAUUGGUAUUAACAGGCCCAAAUUGUGCCAAGAAAAUAUUCCCCACACCAUUACACUAGCUCCGCCAACCACAAGGCAGGUUGGGUAUAUUGAUUCAUGCUGCUGGUGCCAAAUUCGGAUCCUACCAUCUGUGUGCCUCAUUAGAAAUCAUGAUUCAUCAGACCAGGCUAUGUUUUUCCAGUCUUCAACUGUCCAGUUUUGGUGAGCCUGUGCCCACUGCAGACUCAGCUUUCUGUUCUUGGCUGACAGAAGUGGAAUCCGAUGUGGACUUCUGCUCUUGUAGCCCAUCCACCUCAAUGUUCAAUGUGUUGUGCAUAUGGAUAUGCAUUUCUGUUCACCACAAUUGUACAGCGUGGUUAUCUGAGUUACUGUAGCCUUUAUGGCAGUUCAAACCGGUCUCGCCAUUCUAUGUUGACCUCUGUGUUUCUGUCUGCAGAAGUGCCGCCCAUUGGAUGUUUUUUUCUUUAUUGCAGCAUUCUGAGUAAACUCUAGCAACUGUUGUGUGUGAAAAUCCCAGGAGAACAGCAGUUAUAGAACUUCUCAACCAGCCCACCCAGCACCAACAAUCAUGCUACAGUCAAAAUCACUGAGAUCACAUUUUUUAUGUGAACAUUACCUGAAGCUGCUGGUCUGUAUCUGCAUGAUUUUAUGCAUUGCACUGCUGCCACAUGAUUGGCUGAUUUCAUAAUUGCAUGAGUGAGUAGGUGUACAGGUGAUCCUAAUAAAGUAGUCUGUGAGUGUACAUGUUCCUUGUGUUUAAUAAUGUUUGCAUUCAAACUUCUCUGUAUUUUCAUUAAAGAUUAAAGUAUUGAGACACUUGGCUGCAUUUUGAUGCAAGCAAAGCCAAUGAGCGAAAGUUUGCUUCUUUGUAUCUUCACUAAAUAUUGAACUUGGAUGUGGGUGGACACACUGCCAUUAAAACAAAAUUGCUGUGCCUUGUGCUAAAUAGUUCAGCAUGUUUGAGAAGACAUGCAACAGUGCCACACACAUUUUAGAACUUAGAAUACAAGAUACCUCACAUCAUCUUUUUUUAUUUUAAUUUAAUUAUUUGUACUACUUUUGCCCAUUAGUAGUCACCCAAUAGGCUCCACAGAAUCUUCCUACUUUCAUACAGAGUUUAUAUACCUAG